CCACUUUUGAAACCCGUCGAAAAAAAAUCAGAAAAUUUGCCUUCAUUCCCUGUUGGCGUUAGCUCAGAAAGAGGUAAGCAAGGAAAGGGAAGGCAGGAAAGAAAGAAGGGGGGAAAAUGGUGAAGGUUCGGAUGAACACGGCCGAUGUGGCCGCAGAGGUUAAGUGCUUGCGACGUUUAAUCGGGAUGCGAUGCGCUAACGUAUACGAUCUCUCUCCAAAGACAUAUAUGUUCAAGCUUAUGAACAGUAGUGGAGUAACUGAUUCAGGCGAGAGUGAAAAAGUUUUGUUGUUAAUGGAAAGUGGUGUCAGGUUGCAUACAACUGAUUAUGUUCGGGACAAGAGUACAACUCCUUCUGGGUUUACUCUGAAAUUAAGGAAGCACAUACGCACAAGAAGACUUGAAGAUGUGCGGCAACUUGGAUACGAUCGUAUUAUUCUCUUUCAAUUUGGACUGGGUGCUAAUGCGCACUACAUUAUACUGGAACUAUAUGCUCAAGGAAACAUAAUGCUUACAGAUUCAGAAUUCAUUGUGAUGACCCUUCUCCGCUCUCACAGGGAUGAUGACAAAGGGUUGGCAAUAAUGUCACGACACCGCUAUCCAAUUGAAGCUUGUCGUGCUUUUGAGAGGACUACUGUCAGAAAAUUGCAAUUGACACUUGAUUCUUUGAUGGCACCAGUUAGCAAUGACUCAAUUGAGGCUAAUGAAGAUGUAGGCAAUGAUUCUAAUAAGUUGAAAGAAAAGCAGGGUGGCCGUAAGAGUGGGAAGCCACCUGAUUCAAAUAAACCCUCUGGUGAUGGUGCUCGUAGCAAGCAAGCUACAUUGAAGACAGUUCUUGGGGAGGUGUUGGGUUAUGGACCUGCACUUUCUGAGCAUAUUAUAUUAGAUGCUGGUCUUGUCCCUAACAUGAAAGUUGGGGCUGAAAAUAAAAUAGACACCGAUAGUAUUGAGAUCUUAGCCCAAGCUGUUGGGAAGUUUGAGGACUGGCUCGAAGAUGUUAUAUCAGGUGACAAAAUUCCUGAAGGGUACAUCUUAAUGCAAAAGGGAGCUUCCAGGAAGAAGGAAAGCCUGCCAUCUGAAGAAGGAACUUUGAACCAGGUCUAUGAUGAGUUCUGCCCCAUUUUGUUAAACCAGUUCAAGUCCAGGGAAUUCAUGAAACUGGAUACAUUUGAUGCAGCACUGGACGAAUUUUACAGUAAAAUUGAAAGUCAAAGGGCAGAACAACAGCAAAAAGCGAAAGAGGGGUCUACCAUGCAAAAACUUAAUAAAAUACGUUUGGAUCAGGAAAAUCGUGUACUCACUCUGAAGAAGGCAGUUGACAAUUGCAUUAGAAUGGCAGAAUUGAUUGAGUACAACCUUGAUGAUGUGGACGCAGCUAUUUUGGCUGUUCGUGUUGCUCUUGCAAAUGGGAUGGACUGGGAAGAUCUUGCUCAAAUGGUGAAGGAAGAGAAGAAGUCUGGAAAUCCUGUAGCUGGGCUCAUUGAUAAGCUCCAUCUUGAAAGAAAUUAUAUGACACUUCUUUUGAGCAACAACCUUGAUGAAAUGGAUGAUGAUGAAAAGACACGUCCUGUAGACAAGGUUGAAGUUGAUUUGGCACUUUCAGCACAUGCUAAUGCUCGGAGAUGGUAUGAGCAGAAGAAAAGACAGGAGAGUAAGCAGGAGAAGACUGUUACAGCACAUGAGAAGGCUUUCAAAGCAGCUGAAAGGAAGACUCGUUUCCAACUUUCUCAGGAGAAAACUGUUGCAGCAAUCUCACAUAUGCGCAAAGUUCACUGGUUUGAGAAAUUUAAUUGGUUCAUCAGCAGUGAAAAUUAUUUGGUCAUCAGUGGACGUGAUGCUCAACAAAAUGAGAUGAUUGUAAAGCGUUACAUGUCCAAAGGAGAUCUGUAUGUCCAUGCAGAUCUCCAUGGAGCUUCCAGUACCGUGAUCAAGAACCACAAGUCAGAACAACCAAUACCUCCUCUCACUUUAAACCAAACGGGAUGUUUCACUGUUUGCCAAAGCCAGGCAUGGGACUCAAAGAUUGUAACAAGUGCUUGGUGGGUGUAUCCCCAUCAGGUCAGUAAAACUGCUCCCACAGGAGAAUAUCUUACAGUUGGGAGUUUCAUGAUUCGUGGGAAAAAGAAUUUCCUUCCUCCACAUCCUCUUAUUAUGGGCUUCGGUAUUCUAUUCCGCUUGGAUGAGAGCUCCUUGGGAUCACAUUUAAAUGAAAGGAGGGUAAGAGGUGAAGAUGAAGGUGGGCAUGAUGUUGAUGAAAGUGGUUCUCUCAUAGAAAAUUCUGAUUCUGGAUCUGAGAAAGAAAUAACUAUUGAAGGACUAAAAGAUAUGAACAAAGAAUUGAACGGCCCUUCAGAUUCAACUGAAGAUAAUUGUGAACCAAGACCGGAUCUCAUAUCUGGAGGUAUUUCUUCUCAAACUGUUUCAGUUCAUUCAGGUCUUGAAGCAGUUGACAUUGCCGAAGUUCCUGUUGAGGACAGAGCUGCUACGCUGAAUGGUAUUGAUGACGAGAAUGUAUCUGAUACUUCCAGAAAACACUUUUCUUCCAUCUCACCCCAACUUGAGGAUCUUAUUGAUAGGGCUCUUGAGCUUGGAUCUGCUAAUGUGUCGGGAAAGCAUUAUGGGCCUGAUGCUUCUCAUGUUGAAUUGGUGGAGGAUAAUCAUUAUGAAGAACAAAAGGCUUCAGUAAGAGAUAAGCCUUAUAUUUCAAAGGCUGAAAGACGGAGGCUUGCGAAAGGCCAGAAAAGUGGCACAGUUGAUUCAACUGUUGAGCGUGAAAGUGAUGAAUGCAAGGAAAAUAAGCAUGCUAGAGAAGAAUCCAAAGAAAAUAAUGUUUCAGGUGUUCAUGCAGAUAAUAAUGCUCAAAACUCAAAGCCAUCUAGUGGAAGGAUCAGCCGUGGCCAGAAGGGUAAGCUUAAGAAGAUUAAGGAGAAGUAUGCGGAACAGGAUGAGGAAGAAAGGAGAAUUCGUAUGGCUUUACUAGCUUCUGCUGGGAAGGCUCUCAAGAAUGAAAAAAGUUCACAAGAUGGAACCACAACUGUUGUGAAAGGAACAAAGUCAAUUGCUGGCCCAGAUGAUGGUUCAAAAAUAUGUUAUAAAUGUAAGAAAGUAGGUCAUCUAUCUCGUGAUUGUCAAGAACAUUUAGAUGAGCCUGGUGAUGUUAAGGCUGUUGUAAGCAAGCGCACAAAAGAUGGUAGACCUGAAGAUAUCCCGGAUGCACUUUUGGGUAGCAACACUAAUGAGAUGGACAGAAUUACUAUUGAGGAAGAUGACAUCAAUGAAAUAGGUGAAGAUGAGAGGGAAAAGUUAAAUGAUGUGGAUUACUUGACUGGGAAUCCGCUAGCUAAUGACAUUCUUUUGUAUGCUGUGCCUGUCUGUGGUCCUUACAAUGCACUACAAACAUACAAGUACCGUGUGAAGAUAACACCUGGUAGCGCAAAAAGAGGAAAAGCGGCAAAAACUGCGAUGAAUUUGUUCAGCCACAUGCCUGAAGCAACAAAUAGGGAGAAAGAACUAAUGAAAGCCUGUACAGACCCUGAGUUGGUUGCUGCCAUUAUUGGCAAUGUAAAGAUCACUGCUGCUGGUCUUUCCCAACUGAAGCAGAAGCAGAAAAAAGGAAAGAAGGGAAGCAAGGGAGGAAGCUAAUAGACGUUACCUGAACAAGGUUUUAUAUUCGUUCUUUUCCUUUGUCCAGCCUCCCCUGUCCACCAAUAGGACAAACCUGUAUACUCCUUUCUAGUCUCCCAUUCACCCCUUUCUUUGAGUUUCGUUUUUGUUUUUCGGAAUUUGGCUACUUCUGUACAAUACUUCAGAGUAUAGUACUUCUUAGUUGAAGGGAAAAUAUAGAAUAUCAAUAUG